AUGGAAUGCAGGCAGGUCAAGGGUGCCCUCAGCUCCCUUUCCCUUCCCUUCCCUUCCCCUCCUCUCCCCUCCACCCCCUUCUCCUUCCAUUCCCCUCUCCAAGUCGAGUGGCUGGCGCUGGACGGGAGCAUGCAAGAGUGGUUGGUGUGGGCGAAGGCCAAAGACGCCGGUGCGAUGGUCCCACACGCGCCCACCUGCGGAAGUACGAGGGCAUGCAUCUACCACGGCAGCGUGGGUCCGGGUCGCCUAGGUACCUACCUAGGUAGUGGUGAGUAG